AUGCAAUCGGUACCUAGACCAAUAGCAUUGGGGGUGAAUGUACAAAGUGUAUCACCUACAGAACUCUAUGAAGUCAUCGUUGGCGCUUCUUCUCAAGAUGUGUCCCAAAUCCAAUCGUCAAGUCAGCGUCUCAAACAACUGCUCGACAUGUUCGGUGCAUUCGAUGCCCUUCAGGAAAUCGCAGCCCGUAAAACAACCCCCUUGGUUAUCAGACAGCAGGCUAUGAUUCAGCUUAAGAACACGGUUACUCAACACUGGAGGUCAAGAAAGUUACUUUCCGACGAACACCGACUACGCAUACGUCAAAGGUGUUUGUUGUUCCUUGAUGAAGAGGAUGAUACUAUCGCAAAGUGCAAUCAAAUCAUCGUUGCAAAACUUGCCCGCAGCGAUUUUCCUGGUCAAUGGCCAAAUCUUUUAGACGACCUUGUAAAUGUUAUCGAUGGUAACCUUCAAAAACGGUAUAUCUCCUUAUUGGAAGAUCCUUGCGAUACUCUUAGACUGCGACGAAGUUUGUCUCUCCUGAACAAAAUUUUGAAAGAGUUCGCCAGUAUCAAGCUACCAAAUGGAAUUAAAGCAAUGGGCCUGAUUGUUGGACAACUCCGUCUUCUACUCUAUGGAUACUACUCCAAAAUGUCAGCGACCUUCGCUGCACAACAUAUAUCUCCUCAAAACAUCUCAUCGCAAAGCCUUCACGACAAUAUUUUGUUAUCUCAUCUGGUGUACAAAUGCCUAAUUAAGAUGGCAGUUUGGCUAUGGAACAAACUUGGGAAAUUAUCAGGAGAGGAACUCGAACAUAAUUUGGCAUGGGUUGAAGAACUCUUCAAAAACUCUGCCAUGCAAGUAAAGGCCCUCUCAGCAUUACGAAAGGGAAUAGUGAUGUCACUCAUGAACAAUGAACUUCCACGAAACGAACAAACCCGCCUCACGGUCUCCGUUAUGACUAGACAUCUGAGAACCUUUGGCAAAUUUUUCCGCCGUUUACAGCAACUCUCGUCGGAACGAUUCAUCUCACUUUCACUGUCGGGUGAUAUAGUUAUGUACUACUGGUCGCAAAUCGUUGAUUCAACUGAGUAUCCUCAAAAUAUGAUUGCUGAUUCCGAUGAAGCGCUUUAUCCCGUCAGAUUCUUAGUUCAAGGUCUGGUUUUAUUCAAAGACAACCUUUCCAAGUGGACCCCUACUUCACGAAGUGGUGUUCCCAAUAAGAACAAUUUAUCCCAACAAUUUGUCGAGAGUGCUGUUCGUUUGCUUGUCACACGUUUUAUGCCUCUCAAUACGGCAGAUUUAGAGGGCUGGAUGGCUGAUCCCGAAGAAUGGGUCAACCUGGAAGACAAAGAUAAUGACCAGUGGGAAUAUGAAAUAAGAGCAUGCUCAGAAAGAGUUUUGAUGCAACUAUGUAACCAAUUUUCGGACAUUGUCGUCCCUUUAUUGGCCGCAAGCUUCGUACAAAUUGCUCCCCAGCCCUCCCGAGAUUUGGACUCAGUGGUUCAGAAAGAAGCACUGUAUUGUGCGAUUGGGCGAUGUGCGAUUCGUCUCAAGAAUGCAAUACAACUUGAGACAUGGUUGCAGACGACUUUCAUUGCAGAGGUUCACGAAACUGACUCAAACUAUCCGAUCAUAAAACGACGCAUCGCAUGGCUAAUCGGAAAAUGGGUAGCAGACUCUUGCAUAUCUCCAAAUAACCCAAAGAUAUGGGAAAUUCUGGUUCACCUUCUCCAGGAUCGUGGUCCUGGAACUGACGCUGUUGUGAGGUUAACAGCUGCAUCAUCAUUGCGGGAAUGUGUAGAUUCAUUGAGCUUCGACGCAAACGGAUUUGCACCAUUCUUGGCAACAGCGAUUCCCCAAUUAAUCCAAAUCAUGGCUGAGGCAGAAACACUUGAAAGUAAGAGAAAGGUUGAUGAGAGCUUGAACACAGUGAUCCAACAAUCCGGUACUCUGGUGUUACCUUUCAUUUCUGUUAUCACUGAACCCAUACCUCAACUCUGGGUUUCUGCGGAGGGUGACUUUUUGUUCAAAGCGUCGCUCCUUGAUACAGUCACAAAAUUAGUGGAGGCUGUCAAAGAACAUUCCAGUUCUUUGGGGCCUUUAGUGGUCCCCCUCCUUCGCGAGAGUUUGUCACCUGGAUCAAUUGCUCAACUAGAUGGCGAUGCAUUAAACCUUUGGAUUGGCGCUUUGCGCAAUACCGUGACCGUUGCAAGUUCUGACGGGAGCCCUUGUUUGCGUGACGUCUUCCCUGAAGCGAUUAAUCUGCUUGCCACCAACCUAGACCUUCUAGGAAGUAUUACACUGAUUAUUGAGUCAUACUUUCUGCUAGAUGCGGUCCAUAUCUUGAAGAGUAGUGCCGUUGAAAUCUUCAGAGCCUAUCUUUCUGCGUUUAACAAUAAAAUAAUUGAACUGAAUGCUAAGGAUUUGUUGCAGUCACUCUCCCUUCUUAUACAGCUUGCCCCUUCAGAACUCUGGGGCGAACCCUUACAUGUAUCGGGCUUAUUCCCUCAUUUGUUGAAGACAUUGAUUGCGGGAGAGGGAGACACACUUUUCCUCACAGAACAUAUAUACUUAUUCUCGCGCAUAAUCAUGUCUGAUCGCGGCAUGUUUCUUCAACUCAUCUCUGCCAGCUCGGCUGUGUUAGGUCAAGCCGAAAGUGUCAUUAUUGAUCUUCUAAUGGAUCAGUGGUGGGGGAAGUUUGACAACAUGAGCGAACCACGACAUCGUAAAUUGACCGCUAUGGGAAUCGCUGUGUUAGUCUCCACUGCCCGCGUAGAAGUACUUGCGCGGAUUUCUGGAGAAAUAUUCAACCUGUGGCUUGAUGUAUUUGGAGAGCUCAAAGAAGCUGAAGAUCAAGCUGCCCUCCGCCAAGAAUCUGACAGUGAACCACCAUCGCCAACAAAUCUUCAUCGCUUCUGGGAAUUGGAUAAACCUCCAUCUUCGUAUUUUCGUGAGACUGAAGGUACCCCGGAGUAUAGUCGUCGUCAAGCGGUUUAUGAUAGAGACCCGAUUCGCGUAACUCAAUUGGUUCCGUUUGUGGGUUCUCAAAUCAGGGAAGCAGAAGCUAAUUGCGGACCUGCCAACUUCAAGUCCUAUCUGGACCAUGCUGAUCCAACUGUACUAAAGCAAAUCCAAGAUGCCCUGGCGCGUGGUCAAUAA